AUGCAGAAAGAGCACGGUGCAACCCAGAAUCAGACUGGAACUGAGGAGAAACCUCAUAUGGCUUCAGCUGCGCAGAUGGCGACCCGCAAGACUGCUACCCCGAGAGGUCGACUGAACCGUGCCGGCACUCCUCAGCGGCGCUUUCCUCCCUCCGCCAAUACCUCCAACCCCUUCAGCACUAUUCCGCAGCAGACCUUUGGCGCUGUCGGUAAUGGUGUGGUCUUUGGCGCUGGCUCACAAGAUACCAGCAACAACGCGUCCCAACCAACAGGCGCUUUUACCUUUUCCGCAAACAACACCUCGGCUAGCAACCCUUUCGCGAGCAACCCAUUCGCCAAUGUCAAUAAUACCCCCAGUUUCGGUGGCCCGAAUAAUCAAAAUAAUCAGAACAAUGAGGACGACUCGAUGGAUACUGGCUCACCCGAAAAGAAGAGGAGCAGAACCGAGAAUCCUAAUAACUUCGGUGGCUUUGGUCAGACUUCGUCAACUCCAGCUUCCAAUGCGCCAACAUUUUCUUUUGGCGCGACUCCAUCGCAGCCACCGGGCAUGAAUCAGUCUCAGCCCGCAACUGGUAACCCUUUUGCGGGUAUGUUUGGCACGCAAACAUCAGCUCCUCAGUCACAAUCCAUGACUCCCGCUGGAGGUCUUUUCGGUUCACAGAGCAGUUCCUCGGUCCAACAGUCACCCGCGCCUGCAUUCGCCUUUGGCCAGAGUCAGACCCAGACUGCAUCAGAACAGCCGCCUGCCAAACCGGCCUUCUCUUUCGGCCAACAAUCUACGCCGAGCUCGACCUCUGCGCAGCAGUCUUCGGCGGCGACGCCCGCGUUCUUUUUUGGCCAGCCGUCAAAGUCGACCUCGACAUCUGCCCAAGAGACCCCAGCCAGCAAGCCCACCUUCUCUUUUGGCCAGCCCGCUCAGUCUGCCCCAGAGCCUCAACCUUCCAAGUCGCUAUUCAACUUCGGUUCCAAUGCUCAGUCUGCUAUUGACCAGACUCCAAAAUCUACAUCUCUCUUCGGUGCAACGACUCAACCCCCUACCCAGCAGCAGUCCCCCAACCCUGCACCUUUAUUCGGCUCCCAAUUUUCGACGCAGUCCACUGCCACCCAGGAUUCACCUCUGACGUUUGGUGCCAAACCGGCCUCAACCUCCGAGACUCCGAAGCAGGUCACGUCCUUCUUCGGUCAAUCAGCACAGACUGCUUCUGAGCAGUCUCCCGCCAAGCCGGUUUUCACUUUCGGCAAGCCGACUGAGGCGACCUCUGAGGUGCAACAGCCUGCAGCUCCUGCUUCUCCAGCCUUCAGUUUCGGCAAGCCGUCUACCUCGUCUACAAGUGCGGAGCAGCCCAAGACUUCUUUCACCGGUUUCAGCUUCGGUCAGUCAACGAGUUCUGACGCAUCCAAGACUCCUGCCCCAUCGACUGGAGCCGAUAAGCGGCUGUUCUCGGAGAGCUCGCUCUCUAAAACUCCUAGCAACUCCUUCGGAAACGAGUCCACGCCUAUGGGAGCCGACAAUGAUACCGCAAGACCUGCUCAGUCCAAUCUCUUUGGGGGGGUGGGAAAUUCGACGUCAGAGCAACCGAAAUUCAGCGCGCUUUUUGGCCAGACCUCUACAUCUAAACCCACUUCUGGCACUUCAGGUAACGUUACGGCCAGCAAGCCAUCCUUCAGUUUCGGUCAGCCCUCGUCGACGAAUAGCAGUCCUCCCAAGCAAAAUGCGUCCGUCGACUUGUUCGGGAAAUCAUCCUCACCGGCAGAAGCGUCACCUGAUACAACUGCGACUGCACCACUCUUCGGGGCGGCCCAGGGGAUCUCCAAGAGCACCGAUGGGCCCGUCAAAUCCUCGGAAGUUUUUGGUAGUACGACUCCUUCCUCCGGGGGCAUACUUUCCCCAGCCAAAUCCGCUACGGCUACCAACCAAAACGCCCAUGUCAGCUCGAUAGACUCGGCGCCCAGCACUGAGCCCAAGAAGACUCUGUUUGGAACAUUGUCUAAGCCGGCGCCCGCUGGCCUUGGUGGACAAUCUGCCUCUUCUGUCGGACGUGACAGCUCAGAUGUGAGCACUGGCAAUGCUACGAACGUCUUUGCCGCUGCGAAAGCAGCCCCCAAGAAUGCCAGCAGCGAUGUUGCGACUCAACGUCCAGUGUACACCAAGUCUCCCAGCCGAAUGCCUAAGUUCUUGAAUGCCGAAGGCUUCAUGGAAUAUGACAAGAACUACCGCCUGCGUGCCUUGAACAAGGAGUUUCAGAAGCAAGUCGCGGCCAUUGAUCCGGAUCGCAACGACUUUGAGAACCUCAUCCGACACUACGCCGCGGCGCGUGCGGCUAUCGGUGGUGAUAUGGGCCUUUAUCAGCGCUCAACUGCUGGAUCUAAGCGUAAGAGUGAUGAGGUCGAAGAAGACCAAGCUGUUCCGCCUCAAUAUAAGAAAGCCAGGGUCGCCGAGCCCCAGGUCGCGCAAAGUCAGAGCAUUGAACCUUCUUCCAACCAGAACACAUUCAACAUUGAGAAGCAAGCUGCAGGCUCCGCCUCUAUUGCGCCUAAAUCAACAACCUCUACCAAGGCCACCUCUCUGUUCAACAAUAUGAUUCCGCCAUCAUCGCAGCAGACUACGUCUCAGGCAAGUCAGCCCAGCCCUGCCAAGGGGUCCAACCCAUUUGCCGGCGUGUCCUUCUUGCCCACCAACGAUUCCACUACCAAGCCUUCAGCUUCAUUCGGCAACAACACUGUCAACGCCGGCUCAACCCCUGCUGCAAAGAAAACCACUUCCAUCUUCCAGGCCACAGGUUCGACGACACCAAUGAAAUCUCCACCAAAGAACAACCUUUUCGGCAACUUCUCGACCGAGCCUGUUGGCAGUAAGAAGCGAAAGUCCAGCUCUGAUGCAGAAGAUGCAGAAGAUGCAGAGCACAGCAGCGACGAUGAAGCUCCAAAGAAGCGAAGCAAAUCCUCUACUGGCAACGCCAACAAUAUCUUUGGAAACAGUAACUCAACAACACUCGCAAAGACCGGUACAACCACCCCCUCCAAAAAGACGAGAAACCCAUUUGUGGGCUCAUCAGACUCUGACAACGAGGAGGAUGAUGAUGCCGAUGUACAGACUGGCGACGACGCAGAAGACGGAGACUUCGCGCCAAAUGCCGAUGGCUCUGACGACGAAGAUGAUUCUGCUGAUGAAGAAUCACAGCAGCUGAGUGAAGAAGACAUUGGACAGACCCCGCAAGAUGACAGCGAGACUUCGGCCGCUCCUGAUGAAGACCACACCGAAGAAAUCAAAAGAAACCCGAAUACUGGCAAAUCUCUUUUCGAUAGGAUCGAGCCGGGGAAGAGAUCCGACGCUUCUGGGACCUCUACCCCUACUCAAGUCAAUGGCACCACCUCGGCCAUUAAAUGGCCGACUCCUUCUGUACCAACACCUGACGCACCCGAUUUCUCACCUAUUACUCCUGGCAGCAAGUCGCCCUUCAAACCAGCAACCACCUUUCACUUCACUCCGGCUCCUGCUACCAAACCUACACAUGCUCCUGGUGCCUCCGUCUUGGCCGGUGGAUUCUCCAACGGACUGAACCCGCGAUUCGAAGGUAUGUUCGGAUCCAGACCCAGCACGCCAGAGCCAGAGAAAUCGACAGAUGCGAGUGCUGCUCCAUCGUCCACCCCGGCUGGUGACCACACAUGGAAGAAAGGUCAAGACAUUAAAUUCAACUUGACUGAGGCUUCUCCGGGAAAGCCUGCAGAUCAAGGCACAAAUGCUUUGGGCUUCAGCUUUGGUAGCGGAAGCACCAGUGCACCCGCGCCUGGCUUCCUUGGUGUCGCGCCUCAUCUUACGGGUGGAUCAGGUAUCAGCUCUGUGACCUCAUCGCGCGCCACUUCGCCUGGUGCCACUGAUAACGAGUCCGUCGCUACCGACGACACCAAUCAUGAAGAAGCCCAGAGCGACCCACAGUCAAACCUCAUGCAAUCUAACAGCGGCGAGGAGAACGAAGACGUGCUAUACGAAGGCAAAACCAAAGCGCUGGUUCUUGCCAAAGGCGAACGGGCCAAGCAGCUCCGAGUCACCGAGAACAAAUGGGAAACGAUUGGCACGGGUAUGAUGAAACUGCUCAAGAACCGCGACUCUGGCCGUGUUCGUGUCGUGUUGCGAUCCGAGCCUGCCGCCAACAUUGUGCUCAACUCGUACCUGGAGUCCGAGGUCAACUAUGUGGUCAAGGAGCAGACCUCGACACAAAAAAGCGGCGCCGUCCAGGGUGCCUUUAUGAGAGACGGCAAUCUUGACCAAAUCGUGAUGAAGGUCAGAGACAACGCGCUGGCGACCAAGCUGGCGGGACUGAUGACGGAGCAUAAGAAGGAUGGGUUGUGA